AUGGCCUCUUUUGGAUAUUUCCUGUUUCUUUGUGGGUUGAGUCAGGCUCUGUCAAGUUACCCAAUCUGGUGGUCCUUGGCAAUUGGUCACCAGUACUCCUCCCUGGGGACUCAGCCCAUCCUCUGCGGGAGCAUCCCGGGCCUGGUGCCCAAGCAGCUGCGCUUCUGUCGGAACUAUGUGGAGAUCAUGCCCAGCGUGGCAGAAGGUGUAAAGAUUGGGAUCCAGGAAUGCCAACACCAGUUUCGAGGGAGAAGGUGGAACUGCACCACUGUCAACGACAGCUUAGCCAUCUUUGGGCCCGUGCUGGAUAAAGCCACCAGGGAGUCAGCCUUCGUCCACGCCAUCGCCUCCGCCGGGGUGGCUUUCGCCGUGACCAGAUCCUGCGCCGAGGGCUCGGCCACCAUCUGCGGGUGUGACACGCGCCACAAGGGCUCUCCUGGGGAGGGCUGGAAGUGGGGGGGCUGCAGCGAGGACGUGGAGUUCGGGAGCAUGGUGUCCCGGGAGUUCGCGGACGCGCGGGAGAACAGGCCCGACGCUCGCUCGGCCAUGAACAGGCACAACAACGAGGCUGGAAGGACCUCCAUCAUUGAGCUCAUGCACCUCAAGUGCAAGUGCCACGGGCUCUCGGGCAGCUGCGAAGUGAAGACCUGCUGGUGGUCCCAGCCAGACUUCAGGGUCAUCGGCGACUACCUCAAGGACAAGUACGACAGCGCGUCCGAAAUGGUGGUGGAAAAACACCGGGAAUCCCGCGGCUGGGUGGAGACCCUCCGGCCCAAAUACAACUUCUUCAAGGCCCCAACCGAGAAGGACCUGGUUUACUACGAGAACUCACCAAACUUUUGUGAGCCCAACCCUGAGACCGGCUCCUUUGGGACCCGCGACAGGAUCUGCAACGUCACUUCCCACGGGAUUGACGGUUGCGACCUUUUGUGCUGCGGCCGCGGGCACAACACGAGGACUGAGAAACGGAAAGAGAAGUGUCACUGUAUCUUCCACUGGUGCUGCUACGUCCGCUGCCAGGAGUGCAUACGAGUCUACGACGUCCACACGUGCAAAUAA